AUAUACAAACACAUCGCAAAAGUUGGAUUUUAAAUAAUAAAAUGUCGACACGUCGCAUAAAUGUGGCCAGGGAACGCAAUGAAAUAGGCCUUACUAACUUCACACACUCUCUAAGAUCGCUUUUUAUUCAAAUUCAACAAAUUAACACACGAGAAAUCGAAUCUGAAUACCUCGAAACAUUACGAUCUCACUUGGAGGACGCAAUUGGUUCGUUGCAGUUACUAGUCGCGAGCAUUGGACAAAGUCAGGAUCAAAUACUAGAUGAUUUUAAGAUUAUAAUAACCACUGUCUUGAGACAAUCGCGGAUAAUUUUAGAAGUAAUUGUAACCUUAGAGCGACAGCAGAAUUCUGAAGACAGAGCUGUGUCGUUCGUCUGCCCUACGACUACAGGUCAGGGACGAGGUCCUGGACGGCCUGCCUUAGUUAUCCAACGUGAGCAAAUUGAAUUCCUUCGCGAAUUGCACUUUUCAUGGGCCAAGAUCGCGCAGAUACUCGGUAUCAGUGAAAGUACCUUACGACGAAAAAGAGACGAGUUACAGUUAUCCACCGAUAUCGAAGACAAUUUUUCAGAAUUAUCAGAUAAUCAAUUAAAGGAAAUAGCUACCGAAAUUCGACGGGUUACUCCAAACAUUGGUCAGCGGAGAUUACAAGGAGCAUUUAGGGCUAGAGGAUUUAAAGUACAGCGAAGCAGAGUUCGACAAUGCUUGCGCGAGUUGGACCCUCUGGGAACAGCGCUACGAUGGAAUGACACAAUUUAUCGUCGAAAGUAUUCAGUACCUGCUCCCAAUUCGUUAUGGCAUAUUGACGGUAAUCACAAACUUAUCAGGUACAAAUUAAUUGAGCACUGUUGUGUUGAUGGUUACUCAAGGCUUCUGAUUUAUGCACAUGUAGCAAACAAUAAUCGAGCAAGUACUGUGCUGAACCUAUUUCUGCAGGGUGUUUCCGAAUAUGGUCUUCCUUCAAGAGUCAGGAGCGACCAUGGGCUUGAAAACAUUGAUGUUGCAAGGUACAUGCUGGAAAUGCGAGGACUUGAUAGAGGGAGCAUUAUCACAGGUAGCUCUGUACACAACUGCAGGGUCGAAAGGGCUCAUAAAGAUGUUUACGCCGGUGUGCUCUGUCAUUUUGCCGAGAUUUUUGACAGGAUGGAACUUGAUGGCAUUUUGGACAUAUUAAACGACGUUCACCUGUUUGCCUUACAUUUUGUUUAUAUCCCGAGAAUAAACAGAUCGUUAAAGGAGUUUGUUUCACAAUGGAACAAUCAUCGCAUGUCUACUGAGAAUAAUUUAUCUCCAAUUCAGAUGUACACAGACGGAACAUUGCGGAACAUGCACAGUGGACAUACUGGGGUGGAGAGCAUUUUGUCUGAAGUUGAUAUGGCCUAUUAUGGCUUUGACUUUGAAGGCCCAUUUCCACUCGAAGAUGAAGACUAUCAGGUUUCUGUGCCAGAAAUAGAUAUCCACAUCUCGGAAGAAAAUCUGAGGUAUUUGAAUGACAAUUGUCACCCGUUAAAUGACGAUGGUCUGGAAGGGAGGCAAGAAUAUCUUAACUGCAUGGGUAUACUUGCCAACUGGCAUUUGUAACGUG